UUUUUUUUUAAUUUAUUUUUAGAUUUUUCUGGAAUUCUACAAAUGUUUUCUUCAUUUAAGUCAAAAUGGAAAAAAUCUCCAGAUUUAAUAGACAAUUUAGAAAGCGGUUUAACUCCAGAAGAAGUGCAAAAAGAAAGGGCAGAAUAUGUUCAGAAUAUUGGAAUUGAAUAUAGAUAUGGCUGUUAUGAAGAAAAACAGCCAGAAUCUUGUCAACUUCUCGGAGAAUAUUUCGAAGCUAUUGAAAAGAAAUAUGAUGAGGCUUUUAAACUUUUUGCUGAAAAUUGUGAGAAAAGGAAAUGGCCAAGAAGUUGUUACAAAUAUGCUACUUAUUGUCUUGCUGGGAAAGCAACAGAGCCGAGUUAUGAAAAGGCCUUUCCUCCUUUAGAAAUUGCCUGUAACGGAAAUAUUCCAAAAGCCUGUAAACGACUUUCCCAACUUUACUGGAUGGCCGCUUCUGCUCCAAAUAAUCAACCAAAUACUUCCAAAGCUGUCGAAUUAAUGAAAAAAUCAUGUGAAUUGGAGGAUUAUCAAUCUUGUUGGACUCUUAGCAAUUGGUAUUUGGGCCCAGAUGCAAAAUUCGCCAAAAUAAAAACAAAAAGAGGAAUUACAAGAGAAACAAAUAUUGGCGAAACUGGUUCUAUCGAAAAAGACGCAAAUAAAGCUUUGGAAUAUGGAUUGAUUGCUUGUGAUAAUGGAAAUGUUUUGGAGGCUUGUUCAAACGUUGCUAGAAUGUAUUAUAUUGGUGAUGGAAUCCCCAAAGAUAUUGAAAAAGCAAAACAUUACAAAGAAAGAGCAAAAGAAUUAAAAUUAAUGUUGAGAAAAGGAUGGACACCUGGAUUGACUGGAUAA